AGUUUCUGACGAACGGCUAACCAGUUAGCAUACAUGUAACCUUAGUUUUUCAGUCGCUGCGAUAUUUAUAUGAAAAGGUUAUGUAAUGUCAUCCUGCGUAUCAUCAAAACAUAAUUUGAAAUCCAUAAAAUUCAUAACUUUUAAAAACAGUUGCUUUACAAACAUACCUCAACUCCACAGCUCUUGAACGCCUCCCUCACUCCCGUUUGAAAUUGAAAGCCAAAAAGCAUGGCGGAGAGUCGGAAGAUGAAGAUUGCCGUGCUGGGAGCCACUGGGCAGACUGGGCAGUAUCUGGUCAACCAGGCACUGCAGCAGGGUCACACAGUCACCGCCAUCGUCAGGAACCCGGGAAAACUCAGCUUGCAUCACGAUAAUCUCAAGAUGGUGGAAGCUGAUAUUUUCUCAGCAGAUAGUCUUAAGACUCACUUCAAAGGACAGGAUGUGAUCAUGUCCUGCCUCGGCUUUCCGGUCUCCUUCUUCUCGGCGGUGACGGGCUACACACUGUCCAUGAACAGUGUGAUCAGCGCCAUGCGGGAGUCCGGGGUCAAUAGGAUCAUCACCAUGAGCUCAUGGUUCACUGAGCCUAACUCUGGAGGGCAGACGCCUUAUUUCAUCCGGUUCCUCCUAUUGCCGAUGAUCCGAGGCGUCCUCAACAACAUGCAUGAGAUGGAAAAGCUUCUGGAGAAGUCUGAGGACAUCAACUGGACUGUGGUUCGCCCACCUGGUUUAAAGAACCUGCCGGCCUCAGCUCAGGAGUUUCUGACACAUGAGGGAUACUUCGUUCCCAACAGCGGUGGUAAUUCAAUGGGAAGAGGAGACGUGGCUCGCUUCAUGCUCUCUCUACUCAACAGCAACGCCUGGGUCAAGAAGGGAGUCGCCAUCAUUACAAGAUGAGAAAAAAAGUAGCCAAUAAUGGCAUUAAUGAAGGGUUUAUUCAGCCAAAAACACUAAUCUCUUGUAAUGUCUUUCUAAAUUGUCGAGGUUUUGAGAUAUGGACGUUUGAGAUAUUUGCCUCUGUGGAAAAGGAAGUAUUUUUAUUUAGUUUUUGACAGUCCACAACUUUACUGUUUUUAUUCAAUCUGACUG